AUGUUGUUUCCUGCUAAUCAGUUUGUUGUUGUAGUGAUAUUUGUGCAGGCACACAAUGAUCAAGAACCUGAUAUGAUGGGUGGAGCUGGAACCAUAUAUUCUCAAGGUCAGUCCAGCUUUACGCGUAGCUUGUCGUCGGAACAAUUUACUACUCCGAUCGACUACCGUAAUAUCACUGGGGAGUUUAUCCCAGAGGAUCAUGGUUUCGACGGGCUUCUCUCUGUUGCGCUUCCAGGAUACUCUCGGGCUAUGGACUCGCAUAUGAUCCAGGCUAUGGCAGAUCUACCAGACAAAUUCCCCUUCAACGAAGAUUAUAACUCUGGCUACCAUUUGGGUAUUGGUUGGGAACAAUCGACAGUUCACAAUGGCACUCAAAUUAGCUCAGAAACUGGACUGAAAUACCUGAGUGUGAAGACCUUCGAUACCGUGGAAUUUACCCAAGAUGCUGGAGAAAUAAUAUAUACCCUUUCGCCUGCCAAAGAAAUCCUUCUCUCCGCUGGAUCUAUCAGGACACCGCAUAUCCUUCUCUACUCAGGUAUCGGCGACGCUGACAAACUCAGUUCUGUUGGCAUUACUCCUACUGUGCAUCUCCCUGAUGUCAGGAAGAACCUCACUGAUCACCCGAGGUAUGCUUUAGCUUGGACCAUCAAUAGCACGGACACCAUCUAG